AUGAAAAAACCGUAUCGACAUUCAAAGAAAGCAGUUGAACAAGCAGAUAUCCUUUUAAAGAAACAAUAUGCAGACGCAAUGAUCGGAGAUUCUGAAACUCAUCCAGAUGUUAGAGCCAAAACAGCCUUCUCAACGCCCCUAGGCCAUUAUGAAUACCUGAGAACUCCCAUGGGUAAUAAAAAUGCACCAGCAACCUUCCAGAGAUUGAUGGACAAGGUAUUAAAAGGUAUGCAGUGUUCGGAAGCAUUCGUCCAUUUAGACGAUAUUGUUGUACACUUAGAGAUUAUUGAGCAACAUGACGCUAACAUCCGUCUAAAUAGACUUGCGGAAACACUCUCAGAAAACCCACUUAAUACAGAAGAUUAUUCCACAGAAUCGGAAUCAGCAGAAGAUUCAGACGUACCAGAGGCACCUGAAGGAAAUAUCCUGAAUCUCCCAGGAGCACCCAGCACUAGUGAUCCAUGA